AUGAGGAAGGAAAUCAAGAGGUCUGUGAUGAAGAAGCUGGAUCUGUGGAUGCGCAGAGGCGGCGGAUCGAAGGCGGUGGCUCCGGCGGGGUGUUUCACGGUGUAUGUGGGCCCGGAGAAGCAGCGGUUUGUGAUAAAGACGGAAUAUGCUAACCAUCCGCUGUUCAAGAUGCUGUUGGACGAUGCUGAGCUGGAAUACGGUUACAACUGCGACGGGCCUUUGCUGCUCCCCUGCGACGUCGAUCUCUUCUGCGGGAUAAUCGCCGAGAUCGGCGGCGACGAGCGCGCUUCCGGCCUCGUCCACGCCUGCAGCUGCAGCCCCUUCGUCAAUCCGGCGCGGCGCCUCGGAAGAGCUGGUGAUAUGGCCAAGAGCUGCGGCGCGUACGGACUCCUCACGCCGCCGCGAUUGGUUGGGAUUGAUCGAGUUUGA